ACACAUUGAAAUAGCAGCCGAGAGACGACACCUCUUUCCUCUUUGCCCAUUGCUUUCGCGUUUGCUCGGCCGUUAUUAGCGCGUUAGUCCUCUCUUCUUAACACGGAACUUUCGACCUCUCGUACGGCUGGCGAAUAACGUUGGUCACUUCAGUUUAUGCCCGACCCUGUUGUCGGUUGGAUCGGUAGAGGGAUCGCGGAGAGAGUGGUCGUCGACGAAGAAGACGAUCGACGCGACAAGACGCGUGGACACGCGUUAUCUUCGCCGCAAGCCCACGCUGAGCAAACGAAAAAUCUGGUAAACUCCAUCAUCGACGCUACUUUCCAAUUCUCUUCAAUCUCUUCCUAGCUAAAUCACGGAUAUCUUCGGCAGAAGCGCACGAAAAGCUAAACGAUGACAAUCGCGGAGAACGCGGCGGAGUCGAAGAGGAAUUCAAUGGUCGUUCCUAACGCGAACGACGGGGUUCUUCAGGACCUGCAACGAGGUCCAGAAGAGACCUCGAAUUCAAGCACGGAGGACAACCCCCUUUUAGUGACCGAUCGAAAGAACUCGUCGGUGAAAAUCGACAUGUCCAUCUCGAAAUCGAAGAAUACGGAUAAGGAUGAAGAUGAUCAGUCGGCGAUGAUCGCCUUGAGGAAGGAUGUUGAUGAUCGAAACGCGAUCGUUCCACCGGAUGGUGGCCUGAGAGCAUGGAUGAUCAUGAUAGGCAGUUUCGUUAUUAACGGUGUUCUGUUUAGUGUCAUAAAUACAUACUCAUUGAUCUACCUCGAGUUACAGAAGAGUUUGCUAGAAUCUGGAGAAACGGCGGCAUCUUCAAAGGCGGCCUUGGUAGGGUCGUUAACCAUCGGCACAACGUUCUUUUUGUCACCGAUUUCUGGCAUUCUCACCGAUAAAAUUGGCAUACAGAUGACCACGUUUUUGGGCGGUGCUCUCGCGUCCAGUGGUAUGCUUCUAUCCUCACUAUUUUCUAGCCAGGUGUCAUUACUAUAUUUGACCUAUGGAGUGAUGUACGGGCUUGGUGCUAGUCUUGCCUACACGCCGAGUCUAGCAAUCCUGGGGCAUUACUUUAAAAGAUACUUGGGUUUGGUCAAUGGCAUCGUCACGGCUGGAAGCUCUGUAUUUACCACUCUAAUGCCGUAUUUGAUGCAAGCCAUACUCCAUCGUUUCGGCCUGGACGGAACGUUGAGAUUCUUGGCCAUGCUCACCGCGAUUGUCAUGGCUUGCGCCAUUCUUUUCAAACCAAUUCCACUUACACCGGUGUCACGGGAACAACUGAAAUCCAAGUCGAACUUCAAAACCUGCCUAAAACAAGUGAUAAACGUCUCGAUUUGGAGGAGGAAACGAUACGUGGUGUGGGCUAGCUCGAUUCCACUCGCUUUGUUCGGGUAUUUCGUCCCGUACGUUCACAUAGGGAAAUUUGUGGAGACGGUGUUCAAGGAUUCUGACGGCAAGCUGCCGAUCAUGUGUAUCGGCAUCACUUCCGGUAUAGGUCGUCUUCUCUUUGGAUAUAUCGCCGAUCUGCCGAAAGUGAACAGAAUAUUGUUGCAACAGAUAUCGUUCCUCAGUAUCGGUGUUCUUACAAUGUUACUCCCCGUUACGCGUUCGUUUAUGUUAUUGUUGCUCAUUUCUUUGGCCAUGGGAUUAUUCGAUGGUUGUUUCAUAUCCCUUUUGGGCCCCAUUGCAUUCGAUAUAUGCGGUCGAGAAGGAGCGACACAGGCCAUUGGAUUUUUACUGGGCAUGUGUUCUGUACCUUUAACCGUGGGACCGCCCAUUGCUGGUCUUCUGUAUGAUCAUACCGGUAGCUAUGACAUACCAUUUUUCUUAGCGGGUAUCCCACCGAUAGUAGGAGCACUCACAAUGUUCCUAAUAAAGUUCGUGAAGGACGAAGAGCAAACUAUUAGCAGCGGUACAGAGGAUAAAGCUUGUCAGAAUGGCUGUUCGGGCAUCGGCUUUCUAUCACCGUGUUUCGUGACAGCUCUCAAACACGAGCAAUCAAGCUGCAAGAUGACGUGUCCAACCGUCCACAGCCAACAUUCGUCAGAGUAUUACGGAUUUCACGAGGGUGUAGUAUGUCAGGAUCACGGGAUCGGAUGUCUCGAUCGUUACGGACACUCGGAGAGCGUGCCAUUGCUCCAUGGUGAGAAUUGGUCAGCUUCCGGCCGUUUCCAAAGGAUGCUACAAUCGUCGACGCGGCUCACGUGCUAGUUUGCAGAUACGUAUAAGCGUCGCUGUUUCGAGAUCUCGCGUGUCGAUUUCAUUGUGAUUUCCUUGCAUCGCGAGGAUAUUUUAUCGUGUACUUUUUUUUUUUUUUUUAAACAAUACUGUUAACACUCUGUUCGUAAUUCGAAGUGAGAUUGAAAAUUCUGAAUUUCGCAAGUUAGAAGAACAUCAGAGAUUGCAUGUUUUUGGCGCCGCAAGCUUCGAGUUGAAAGAACGAAUUAGACGAUUUUAUUUACACACGUUGCACCGAGCAAUUCUGAAUUUUGCAAGUCAGAGCCCAGGCUCGAGGCUUUUUAGUCAGAGUAGUUUGGAAUAUAUAAUUAGGACAAUAAAUAAAGCAAGGAGUUAUAGUGUAUUCGCGAAGCAGCGACGGUGAUCAAUAGAUCCGAGGGCCACUGUCUUCGGCAUCGCAUAAAUGUCACUUUCUCGAUGUUUCUCUAGCAACGAAUGUUUCUAGUUUUUGUAGUCGUCGAAGGAGAUAGUAUUGUUUAGCACGUUUACGGCGAAUUUACGAGGAGAAAUUGAAUCGAAUUAGAGACAAGGUUUUUCGGUUUUCAAAGUUUUCUUUGUCUCUACUUGGCAAGCAAUACUGAUCAAGUCAAUAUUUUUAGAACAGAAGGACUGAUAAGUAAAGAUGAAAAGAAAAAAAAGAAAAUAGCCUCGAUAUUUUUCGAUUAAUGUACUCAAUCGCAUGUUCGUAAUCACGUCGCGUUUGCUGCCUAAGUGUAUCAGAUUCUGUUUAUUUUUUUUUUUACUUUCAUCUUACGCAGUUCACGCAAAUGAAUCUGUACAAAAGACGCAGUGGCAAAUGACUAACGUGGUCUAUCGAUGAAAGUGUUCUCAGAAUUAAUUGUAGAAAGAGUUGAAACGUUCGACAUUUAUUUUUACCUGCCAAUUACGAUACGAUAGCAUUUUAAGUUUCGAACAUCAUUAUUUUAUUUCACAGUAGGAACGGCGUAGUGAUACUUCUCAUUUUGAAAUUCGAUUUUUUACUAAUAAUUGACGAUAAUAAAAUGACGAUGUGUCAUGAUGUUCUUUUUGCAUGAUAAUGUCUCUGUUUUAUCUACUCUGCUCUUAAUAUUUUUCUUUUUCGUUGUAAGAAUUUUUUACUAGAUUUCUUUGAAAAGAAUCCUUUUCAUUAUUAAUAAAUGUUGUGUCAAGUGUUGCAAUGGAAAGUAUAAAUAUAUCGUUGUUACAAGUUGGAACAAUAAUUCUAAUAAGAAUGUUUUAGAUGGCACGACGAUCAUAGUAUCAGUUAAAAAUUUAAUUAUUUUAUAUCCGACAAAAGAUUUUAGUACUUUGCGUAAUAAUUUCUUUUUUUUCUUACGAGUCACUUUAAUCACUUGGUCAAUUAAUGGAUCGAUUGGAAGGACAUGUUAGAAAAAUCUUACAUGUUUUGUAAUCUAAUCACUAUUCUUGGUAUAUGUAUAUACUUGAAAAAUUCGAUCAUUUUCCCUCUGUUCGACAUUACGAUUAAAUAAUUAGCAAGGUUUUAUCUAACUUACAGACCUCUUUUUUAUACAUAAGCAAUUUGUUGGCCAUAAAACAAUUGAUGGUACAGAGUACUCUAUAUAUAUCAAUGUUAACAAAGAAAGAAUGCUAUUUUUCUCGUAAUAUUGUACAUAGGAUAGUUAGAAUAUUGUCAAAUCACGUAAGAAAAAGAAAUAAAGAAAUAAGAAUGUUAUAAA